AUGGACUACUGGGAAAUCGUGAAAGAGCGAGUGCGAGAUUGUGGUGGUAAACAGCAGAAGUUAUCUGAAGAUCUCAAACCACUAUAAUGUAAAUAUACUCGGCGAUGCUUUGUGAAAUCAUGUAGACAUUGAACGCGUAGUCGACGCGAGCAGAAAUACGUCCAGAAAAUUAAACAAUGGACGUUAUCGUUUGAUGUGGUAAGACGAGGCACUCGUUUUGUUCAACAUUCUUCCCCGGCCGACGACGCGUCGGGGGAACAACACAACUGAGUAAUGCGCUCACUUUUCCAGAGAGAAGAUGGAUGAAAAAUCCUACUACAGUCGGCUUUUCAUCGCAUUGGCGAUGGUGUUGUUGUUCGGCGUGAUUGUGCUACAAUACGUUUGCCCUACGUCCGACUGCCAGCUGCUACACCUGGCAUCAUUGUCCUCCAGAUUUGGGAGUCGAGCGCCGGGGGAUCGCGCAGAUGGAGCCAGCACGGGAGACCCGUACAGUUCAGAGGACGGCGCGUUAGCGCGAUUCGUGCCGCGAUUUAAUUUCACAACUAAAGACCUCAAUCGCGUUGUAAAUUUUAACAUAAAGGAGGACGAUGUUAUAGUGUUCCUCCAUAUUCAAAAGACCGGUGGGACCACGUUUGGCCGCCACCUGGUCCGCAACAUCCAACUAGAGAGGCCGUGUGAGUGCCACGCUGGGCAAAAGAAAUGUACGUGUUACCGGCCAGGUAAACGGGACACCUGGCUGUUCUCCCGCUUCUCUACCGGCUGGAGCUGCGGUCUGCAUGCGGACUGGACGGAACUCACUAACUGCGUGCCUUCCUUCAUGAGCAACAGAGAGUCUCUGGAGAUGCGCAAAACUCCCAGCAGAAACUACUAUUACAUUACAAUCUUAAGGGAUCCGGUGUGGAGGUACCUGAGUGAAUGGAGGCAUGUUCAGCGUGGUGCCACCUGGAAGGCCUCCAAACACAUGUGCGACGGCCGUUUGCCCACCCUAAAUGAGCUGCCCAGCUGUUACACCGGAGAUGACUGGUCAGGGUGCACAUUGGAGGAAUUCAUGGCAUGUCCUUAUAACCUUGCCAGCAACAGACAGACCCGUAUGCUGGCAGAUCUCAGCCUGGUAGGUUGCUAUAACCUCUCAAUAAUGAGUGAGAGCCAACGCUGGGCCAUGCUGGUGGAAAGUGCCAAGCGCAACUUGCGAAACAUUGCCUUUUUUGGCCUGACUGAAUAUCAGCGCAAGACGCAGUACCUCUUCGAACACACCUUCCGCCUUUCCUUCAUUGCUCCAUUCACGCAGCUCAACGGCACCCGCGCUACGAGCGUAGAGGUGGAACCGGAGACGCAGCGGAGGAUUCGGGAGCUGAACCAGUGGGACGUGGAGCUUUACGAGUACGCCCGUGACCUCUUCCUUCAGCGAUUUCAGUAUGCGAGACAGCAGGAGCGCAGAGAAGCGCGUAAGAGACGUCUGCAGGAGAGGCGUAAAUUGCGUGCCAAGGUUAGGCCGUGGUGGGGGAUGACUGGAAAAAAUGUUCUUAACCCCACCAAAGCGCCACAGCAGACACAACAAUAUUCUGUGAUGAGUUUUCUAGAGGAAAAACAAGUGGACACAGAAAAAAAACUGGAGCCCGAGCCGGAAGGACAGGUGGAGGACAAUUGGUUAGAAGAGGAUGACAGUGAAACCAUGUUGGACUAUUUGGAAAAUGUGGAACAGUGGCGGUAGCUAAUAUCUAUUUGGGGGAUGGGUUGAUAUUAGAGAAAAUUGUGAUUCUGGUUAACUAAUAUACGGGGUACGUACAAUCCUUUAAGCUUCAAUCGCUGCUAAUGUUAAAUAUUGGCAUAUACGGGUUGUUUGUAGCAGUUUCUUUCUGUUCUGUUUUUCGUAGUCACACAUAUGAAGGUCUUUUGUUAAACACCAUUUUCAAAUAUCAGAUUUUGAAUCGCCUUGGAGCAUGACAUGUCUUGUUAAUGAGAGAACGUCCCCAUUUACACUACACCUGAGGAAGGUCUGUACACUUUAGGUUGCCAGAUGUAUCUUCGUUUAAAGGGACAAUUCACCCAAAAAUGAAAACUCGGUCAUAAAUUGCUCAACCUCUUUUUCAUCCAAACCUGCAUUUCUUUGGCCACAGAACUGUUUGUUUUCCUAAAUUUUUUAAAAUAUCUCAGAAUUUUAAAAGAACAAAAAAAUAUUACUUUUUUUUCUACUAUUGUAGCCAAUGGUGCCUCAGGAAUCUCAGUUGUUAACAUUUUUCCAAAUAACUUUGAGUCUUUCAGCUUCAGGUCUUCCAACAUGGAAGUGACUUUAACUGCAAUUCAUUGACUGGCCGCUAGAGACUGUCUGCAAAACAGAGCAGAAUCUCAUUGAGCCCCAUGUUAAAAUGCCCAACUUUAUAGCAUAGAAAUAGGUGUUUACAGCCUGCUACAAAAAUGAUUUUGGUCUUUAUACCUUAUUUUGCCCUUUAUGCCAACUGUGGGAGGGGGGCAAAUUUUUUUAUAGCUCAUCCGUUUAAAUGAAAUUGAGCCUUACAAUUCUGCAUAAUUAAGGGUGAGGUUUUACCCACCAGGCACCUCGGCUGCACCCAAGUCACGCCUUUUGCCCUUUAUUCAUUAUCAGAGAUUGGCUACAUCCAUGUUUCGUACAUUCAUGUUUUAACAGAACAAAGAAAUAUAUGUGGGUUUGGAACAACUUGAGGGCGAGUAAUUCCUGACAGAUAUUUUUGGGUGAACUAUCCCUUUAACGAACUGUAAAUCAAUACAUACGAAAUGUAUAUGCUAAAUAUAAAAGCCAAAGUUUGGAAUGUGUCAUACAUGCCAUUAUCAGUCUUUCUGUAUUGAGGGAGAUUCUGGUGGCAGCACACUUAUAUUUACAUUCCUGUAAUGUAUGAAUAGGAUUCACCAUAUUGACCAUUAUAAGUGUCCUCCACAGUCACAAAUCAUUAUGCUGAAGUCAAAUAAUUGAUUAAUUUGUCAAUUCAACACUUUGACUUUUGUUCUAAUCGAAAUAUUAUGUUUACUUGGCCUUAUUUUUAUUUAUAUUUGUUUGCUAAUAUUAGAAGCACGGGUUAUGGGUUAUAUUAUUUUGUUACUUAAAAAUAAAAGCCAUUGUGACACGCA